AGAAAUCUGCUAGCAAGCCUGGAAUGGGGGUGUGUAUGUGUGUCGGGAAACGAGUGUUGUUUUGCAACCUGGUUGCUAGCUCCCCGCGCUAUAACGCGGUGCUGGGAGUUGUUUCCUGUAUAAUUAAUUACUUCUGCUCUGGAUGUGCUCCUGACUCACCCAUCUCCCCCCCGUCACGUGGGGCAGGUCACUUCCCGCUGGGUCUCAGUUUCCCCAUCGCUGAACUGGGGACUUUAAUACUUCGGCACGUGCCAAGGUGUUCUGUGAACCAAAUUAUUUGUGUGUGGAUAUAGUGCGAGCUGCCUUGGCCCCGAGGGUUCAGUGUUUGGGGCAGGGAGGGGGAAAUAUGUUGAUUUAUAGGCAGACAGCAUCUCUGCAACAAGGAGUAGAGGGGUUUGCUGCUCAAGACAGAGAGGAGGAAAACCUUAUUCCAGGUUUUGGGGUUCAGAAGGCUGGACGUGGGAGAAUGAAGGGGCUUGUUGAGCUCCGGGCAGGUUUCACUCUUGCCCGCGUUUGGUCCCGGGAAGGGAGAUCCCUUUUGGAGCGAAGCUGCUCAGUUCGCUCUGGCUCUUUCAGCCUUUGAAGAGAGGAUGUAUUUAAAGUCAAGUGGAUCCGUUUCUGCCGUGCUAGCGCAUCAGGAGUGACUUAUUUAUUUAUCUUUUCCCAAACAAACCCUUGGCAUUGGAAAGAACUGCUGCUUCUGCUGAAGCCUUUCCGAGACGGGGGUGGGCUGGUGCCAGGUCUGCUGCCGGCGCUUUGUGAUCCAGUCUCCUUUCCCCUCCGGCCGCCGCAGAGGCUCCUGUUCCCGGGGAAGGUGCAGUGGGUGCCUUGGAUUUAAGUGUUUAAGCUCGGCUCUUGGUAAAACCCAAGCUGGGGUGGUUGGGGCUCCCCUGUUCCUGACACCAGUGCUCCCGAGCGCUGAGCUUGCUGCUGUGCCCUUUCAAAGGGUGCUCGUUGCCAGCACCCUGCCUGUAUCUCUGAGAGCAUCUGCAGACCCUGGGGACGAGUGGUGGGAACAGUUUUGCCAGUGAUUCUACGGUCGUAUCGGGAGUUCAGCUGGGCAGAGCGAGGCUGAAUGAGCAGGGGACCUUUCCAGUAGAAGUGAUGGGAUUGGAAAAUAAUCCCAGAAGCAGACUGGGGUCCACUGGUGAGGCUCAGGCCACGGUAGCCCAACACUGGGCACGCCUGCCAGCUCGGUCCAGAUGCUGUCUGGCUGUAUUAACCCUGGUCCUUGCCAAGGCUUGCUAGCUCUGGCCUGGAUCCGUGCUAAUUCAGCUGUUCUUCCCGACUCGAGCUUGAGAGCACCUGGGCUGCAUUCCUCCCCGCCGGAGCGGAGCCUUUUGCAUCGAAGAUGGCGGGUGGCGUGGACGGCCCCAUAGGGAUCCCGUUCCCCGAUCACAGCAGCGACAUCCUCAGCAGUCUGAAUGAGCAGAGAAACAACGGGCUGUUGUGCGACGUGGUCAUCUUGGUGGAAGGCCAGGAGUUCCCCACCCACCGCUCCGUCCUGGCGGCCUGCAGCCAGUACUUCAAGAAGCUCUUCACCUCAGGGUUAGUGGUGGACCAGCAAAACGUGUAUGAGAUAGACUUUGUGAGUGCGGACGCCUUGUCGGCUCUGCUGGAAUUCGCUUACACCGCGACCCUUACUGUCAGCACUUCAAACGUCAACGACAUCCUCAACGCCGCCACACUGCUGGAGAUCCCGGCGGUAAGGGAUGUUUGCACGGAUCUCCUGGACAGGAAGAUUCUGGCCAAAAAUGACCAGAUGGAUACAGUAGAUCAAAUUGAUCAAAGGAACCAUCUCAGAGCAAAAGAGUACCUGGAGUUCUUCCAGAGCAACCCCGUCAAUGGCCACCAAGGCAGCUUUCCGUGGACCAACCCAGAGUUGAGAGACCUUCAGAGACUGAACUUCCGAGGCCAAGAGGAGGAGGAGGAGCCGGACUGCAAUGGCAUGGACUUCUACUCGCAAGCCCCCCUAAACGAAAGACCAAAGGCGAAUGACUGUGAUCCUGACAGCAACCCAGCCAUGUGGCUGGACAGAGAGGAGGAGGAGGCGGCUCCUGGCUCCUUGUUUUCACCUUCUCAGAACGGACAUUACAGCAGCCGUGGCCUGCCCACGCCGGGAGAAGAGGAGGGGACCCCGGGGGGGCCUCUGGACCAGCAGGAAGCCGGUGACUCCCCCAGCUUCAUUCCUGCUGGAGCAGAGACGGAGGAUGAUGCGAGGGAGGUGGAUGGCUUGGCUGCCAGCGCCCUGCUGCAGCAAAUGAUGAAUUCCGUGGGGAGACAGCAGCUCGGGGAGGACGACCGAAAGGAUGACGAUGGGGUCAUGGAUUAUUACUUGAAAUAUUUCGGCAGUUCGAACGAGGGCGACGUCUAUCCGUCCUGGUCCCAGAAGGUGGAGAAGAAGAUCAGGGCAAAAGCAUUCCAAAAGUGCCCCAUCUGCGAGAAGGUGAUCCAGGGGGCUGGCAAGCUGCCGCGCCACAUCCGCACCCACACCGGGGAGAAGCCCUACGAGUGCAACAUCUGCAAAGUCCGAUUCACCAGGCAGGACAAGCUGAAGGUCCACAUGCGGAAGCACACGGGGGAGAAGCCGUACUUGUGCCAGCAGUGCGGCGCCGCCUUCGCUCACAACUACGACUUGAAGAACCACAUGCGCGUCCACACCGGCCUGCGGCCCUACCAGUGCGACAGCUGCUGCAAGACUUUCGUCCGCUCCGACCACUUGCACAGGCACCUUAAAAAAGAUGGAUGCAAUGGGAUUCCAUCCAGGAGGGGCCGUAGACCCCGGGUGAGAGAUGCCGGGGGGCUGCCUACCACCCCUACGGGGAACCCCGAAGAUGGAAGUUUUCAAGCCGGUGGGGAGAGUCAAGAAUCAGAGGACACCCUGCAGAGGAACGGCCAGGAGCUGAAGCACUUUGAGGAUAAUUCAAAUAAUGAAGCAUCAGGAUUGAAUGUAGCAGGAGGGUCGUCUGAGGGUAACACGCAAGGACUCUCCUAAACCAAAAAAAAACAAAGUGUCACAAAAUCUAGUUAGUACUUUUCCUCCGAUUUUUCUCUUUAAAGAUGUUUCUCUCCCUUUUUUUAAGAAAAAACAGAAAAAAAUAUAUAUAUAUAUUAUGUUUCCAAUCUUCCCAUCGUAAGCAGGGCUCCCCCGAGGAUCCCUCAGUAGCCAAGGACCUUUUCUUGGAAAGGCAGAUGCUAGGAAGCGCGGGGCGGGGAUGGAAAGUGGCUCUGUCACAUGGAAAAGAGCUUCCAUGUAAAUCCAAAGCUUUAUUUUGUGUCCAAACACACGUUAAAAAACAAACAAACAAACAAAAAAACCUAUUUCAGAGAGAGAUCUAUUUAAGGAAAAAAAAAAAA